AUGGGUCGAAGUCCUUCUCCAUGCGUUAGUAAUUAUUACAAGCGAAAGCGUUCACGGUCUCGAUCCCGUUCUCGCGAUAGAGACAGACAUAAAAUAAAGAAAACAUCAGCUUCUGCAUCAACAUCUAAAAGUAUUGAAGAAGACUUUAGUUUUACGAAUUACAAGCGGGAUUUAAACAAAAUUAUUCUGUACAGCAAUGAAAGUAAUACUGUUGUGAAUAACCUUGACGACUUUUGGGUGUUCUUGAAGAAAUAUGAAGCUACUUUGAGAAAGGCCGGAAAACCUAUUAUUGAUUAUGGUCCUGAAGAAAACAGGGAUGAUAGUUCUCAAAUCUUUUCAAAAUUUGAUUGUAUUAAUUUUAAAACUUCAAUAAAGUAUGUAGAUACUGUGUACCAUGAUAACAAAAGAGGAAAGUUGGACAAAAAACUAUUUCAAGCGUUCUUGAAUAUUGUUUCUAUUUACCUUGAUUUCAAGAAUAAAGAGAAGUUUGAAAAACUUAGGAAAUUGAGACAAGCUCAAAAAGAUUUACCAGUUGCCAAAUACAGGGAUGAAAUAGUGGCCGCAGUUAAAAAUGAGAGAGUAGUAGUAGUGGCUGGUGAUACUGGAUGUGGCAAGUCCACACAGGUGCCUCAGUACUUACAUGAAGCUGGAUUUGAAAGUAUAGCCUGUACACAACCACGAAGAAUAGCCUGUGUAUCUCUAUCAAAGAGAGUUGCCUAUGAAAUGCUGACACAGUUUGAAAGUAAGGUUGGCUAUCAGAUAAGGUUUGAAAAGAGCAAGACAGCUGAUACUAAGAUAUGUUUCAUUACUGAAGGAUUAUUGCUUAGACAGAUGUCGUCAGAAAAUCUACCGAACUAUGACGUCAUAAUUCUGGACGAAGUUCACGAGAGACAUUUAAUGGGAGAUUUCCUAUUGGGUAUAUUGAAAUGUCUCAUACAUACUCGGAAUGAUAUCAAACUUGUACUUAUGUCCGCUACUAUAAAUAUCAAGCUGUUUGAAGACUAUUUCUCUGCGGAGUCUGCUGUUGUCAUACAGGUCCCCGGCCGUUUAUUUCCGAUACAAUUGCACUAUAAACCAAUAUUGAUUGACGACAAGCCGACGAGAGAUGAUCGGCUCGAUCCACAGCCCUACGUACAAGUUAUGCAGCUAAUUGAUAGUAAAUAUCCGCGCAAUGAAAGAGGUGAUCUGUUAAUAUUCCUAUCGGGUGUCCAAGAAAUCACUACUAUAUGUGAUGCAGCUCAGCAGUAUGCGGAAAAGUCGAAGAAUUGGAUCGUUCUGCCACUACACAGUGGCUUGUCACUCGCUGAGCAAGAUAAGGUAUUUGACUACCCCCCAGAAGGAGUUAGGAAGUGUAUCGUAUCUACGAAUAUAGCUGAAACUUCCGUCACCAUAGAUGGUAUAAGAUUCGUCGUGGAUUCCGGCAAGGUGAAAGAAAUGAGUUACGAUUCCACAACAAAAAUGCAGAGAUUGAAAGAGUUUUGGAUAUCUAAAGCUAGUGCAGAUCAGCGGAAAGGACGUGCGGGCAGAACAGGUCCCGGCGUCUGCUAUCGUAUAUACUCACAGGAACAAUUCAAUGAUAUGGAUGACUUCAGUACUCCUGAAGUAUCUCGUGUACCUCUCGCGUCACUCCUACUGCUGAUGAGUUCUCUAGGAGUCAGUGACGUCAGACGGUUCCCCUUCCUUGAUACUCCGCCUGAAGAUGCAGUUGAAAAUGCUUUGUUGGAAUUGAAACAACAUGGAGCACUAACCUCAAACGAAAAACUAACAGCUUUAGGCAAGGCACUCGCCAAUCUUCCAGUAGAAGUAUGCCUUGCUAAGACCCUAGUGCUGGGCGCCGCUACACUGCCUCCUCACAAAUUGGACUCAGCUCUGGCGUUAGCGGCCGCGCUAGGUAUACGGUCUAUUUAUACUACAAGAGCGCAUCGAGAUUUUGAGUGCGAGAACGCCCGAACACCAGAUGAAUCGGACCACGGUGACCCAUUAACCCUUCUUUCAUUAUACUGCGCCUGGCUUAGAGAGAAACGAGAUACCCGCGGCGGCAGAGCGUGGUGUAGGAGACGAGGGAUAGAAGAACAACGACUAUAUGAACUCACCAAACUGGCUGCGCAACUUCGAUCCUUAUUACAGUCAAGCAAUUUGAUGGAAACUCCGGAGCCUGAGUCUAUGUCGUCAGCAGAGAGAGCUCUACGACACGGUCAAGUGAAGCAGUUGAAGGACGCCAGACGCCAAUUCAAACAAAAAGCGGCCAACGACUUAAAACGCAAGAAGCGCCUCAAAAUGAGUUCGUGGGAGAUUGUAGAUGAGAACGCGAAUGAUGAUGAGGACUUUGACAUCAGGGAUGUGGAGUUCAGAUUGACUAAUGAUGCCCAGCGGAUACAGUCACUUAUUGCGGGAUCUAGCGCUUCUAGUGGACGAGAUCUUGUUAUGUUGAAGUUGGUCCUGUGCAGAGCUUUGUAUCCACAAGUGGCGGUAGCAGACGGAUUCAACCACCACAAGUCAGUAGCAGAACAGCUGUACCACACUUGGAGCAAACCGUUCGUGUUCCUCCACCCGACGUCAUACUUCGGCAAACAAUCUAAGAUCCUACAGCUGACAGAAGCCGACAUAUUGUCAGAUAUGAGGGAACUCAACGCUGUGGGAUACGAGGGCAAGUUACCUGUGUCUUCUAAACAUCAGAUAUUGUGUUAUUUAUCACUGUUAGAGACAACUAAACCGUAUAUUGUAAAUUCUAUGCGCAUGCCCGCAGCGCAAACUCUACUACUCUUAGCGCAUUCGAUCGACACGAAUAUUGGUUUUACAAGGAUAGUUUGUGACUCCUGGCUGCUCUUAGAGUUUCCGUUCCCUGAAACUGGGUUGAAGUUGCUCCUGAAAGCUGUAAAACUACGCCAAAGAUGGGAUGCCUUGAUAAAUAGACGACUUAUGGAUGCAAAUCCAACAAAGUCAGUGGAAAGCGAGUUAGAUAAACAAAAAUAUGAAAAAAUAUCAUACGAAGAAGUUCAACACGAAUUAGCCUGCGAUAUGAGUUCCUAUAUGACUUCAGAAGUAUAUUAUACCAUCAAGAGGUUAUUACCAGGUGACCUCAAGGUUUUAUACUGCGGUAAUGAUGAGGCUCACCCCAGUAUAGACCCCAAUCCUUUCGAUGAAACCUUCGUUUGUCGACCUCAUGAGAAGAAAGGAGGUGUCUAUGUGACUGACAAUGUUGUUUAUAAUUGUGUCGUUGACUCAGUUUGGAGUGGCAGAAAUUAUGAAGAAAUGUACAAUAUUCCUUGGACCUGCCCCAACUGUGAGCUUACAGUCUGCCUAUCCCCCUUAGAAAGAAUACAACACCAACAAUUCACUUGUUCUCUCAAAGAAGUUAAAAAUAAGGAGGAAGCACCAAAAACUUCAAGAGAAAUGAAACCUAAUGGUAAAGAAUAUAAGUGCGAGACUUGCGAACAGACGUUGUAUUUGACUCCUGUAGAAAUUUUAAAGCAUAAAAAAGGUUGUAAGGCGAAAUAA